CAUGUGGCAACAAGUCAAUGAUUAAUUUGAUGGAACUAGAGAAGGUGAAAGACCUUUGCAAGGACAGCCACCAGACCAAUUUGCGAAAAAGUCCAAACUGCUCAGAAGCUUUGACAGUUGUCUGGAAUACUGACAUGAACGGUCUGAGUUACGUUGUUCUGCUCCUCCUGUGGAGAUGCUGUAUUUUCCAGCAGUUCCCAGUAUUUCAGGGGCAAGUUCCUUAUGAACACCUGGUGGACCCAAUGUCUGAUUCUGAGUCCCCAAUAAAUUGUGGUCCUCCGCCUGAUGUUAAUAAUGCAAUGACCCUGGCCUUCUCAAGACGAGAAUUUGUACCUGGUUCAGAUGUUUAUUAUCAGUGCUACAGGAUGUACGAAAUGGAAGGCACUCCACGUGCAAGAUGUUUACGUGGUCGAUGGGUUGGUGUGCCCAGAUGCCUUCAAACUUGUCGAGCAGAUGAUGCUGACAUGGAGCGUAACAAUAUCAAACUGAGGUCGAUAACUAAAUCCACAUCCAUGAGAGCUUCUGACUACUGGAUGCUGUUUGAGUGCAAACCAGGAUUUCGAAAGGAUCCAUCAUCACCACCUUUUAUGAAACAAUGUGUAAUUGGGCCAUGGGUAUAUCCAAGAUGUAUCUAAAUCAUCUGAUGAGACCUCAGCAUCCAGGAAAACAUCAUAGCAUCAACAUAAUGAAGAUGAUGAAGAAACAAUGGUGUCUUGGCAAAUGUGGAAUCAUAACGUUAUUGAAAAUGGAAUGCGCUGGAAUAUUUUCCAAGUGACCUGAGUAAAGAAGUGCUGGAAAAGCAGGUGUCCUAGUUGUGCUUUUCUCCCAGAUAAAUAUAAUACAUAGUCUAGGUCUUAAUGUGGGUUAAGCAGUGUAAGUAAUGAAACAAAAAAUAUGGAAAAGUUACCCUGCUACUCCUAGUUCCUUUCAAUCAACUGAAGAGUACCUCAUUCUGGCCCACAGCGAUGACUGGGUAACUAUGAUUUUUAUUCAAAAAUGCUAAGUGUGCUAGGAAAUUCAGAAAUUAGGAUAUGCCAUGGUGCUUAGAAAUUUUGUCUCAUGAUUUGAUGAGCUGGAGAAAGUUAGGAAGCCAAAUCUUCGUUUAGCAUCAGAAAUGAAAACCUGUGAUUGCUUUGUCAAUGCAAGUAUAAUGCUAUACUUAUGCAAUCUUAAUUUUU